ACCAAUACUUUGACGAAAACGUUAAAAUAUUGGAAGAGGCGAUACUCCUUGUUCUCGAGGUUCGACAAAGGCGUUGUGUUGGACGAAGUAAGUUUCUUUUCCGUGUGCCCCGAAGUGCUCGCGGCACACAUGGCGUCAAGAUGUUCGUUCAACACAGUCGUCGACCCUUUUUGUGGUGCUGGUGGCAAUGCCAUACAGUUAGCUUUGACAUGUCACCGUGUUAUCGCUGUUGAUGUCGACCCGGCUAAAAUCAAAUUAGCCCGCCGAAAUGCUCAAAUAUACGGAGUCGAGAAAAAAAUCGACUUCCGUGUGGGCAAUUGUUUCGACAUUUUAGACCGGGUCCAUGCAGAUGCGGUGGUGACAUCGCCUCCGUGGGGCGGACCCGGCUACUCCAAACAUUUCGACGCGAAUGAUCUGUGUAGCCGGGAAGCGGGUGGCAUGUCAAGCAUCCUCAAGAUGGCAAGGAAGAUCGCUCCUCGAACUGUAUUACACGUGCCGAAGACCGUUGACCGAGAACAGUGUUUACACUUAUCGAGAAACGCAAACUUCGGCCGUGUAGAGUUCGAGGACGUGACGAUCGAUGGCCGGCAGAAUUGUAUAAAUAUAUAUUUAAAAUUGCGACAGGAUAACAAACAACUCGGACCUGUCAUCAAUACAAAAGUAGAAUUAGACACUAAUUACAAAAAUUGGUGGUCACGUUCUAAUGACCUUAAUGCAUAUACCACCUAUUUGGAAAAAACUUCAAAAUUUUUGAAUUCCAAAUAACUGUGAUUUUGGAAAAAAUUUUCCGAUAUAUUUUUGUUUAUAAUAUUUUUUUAAUUU